CACUUUCUACACUCCCCCCACAAGUCACAAACAGCGUGGAGAGUGAGAGGGGUCGAAACAAGAGGGAGAAUCACCAAAAGAGGAACAACUACAGAGGCAGAGAAUUGGUUAAAACAUGCCAGCGUACUCCACCAACAUGAGGCUCAAGUUCCCCAUUCUGGCCUUGAUACUGGAAGCCGUGACCAUUGUCCUGUACGCUGUCUUUGUGGUUUAUGACACCGGUGAUGCUCAUGGUGGGGGUCAUCAUGGAGAAGAGAAUAACACUCAUCCAGACAGUCCAAUGACCCUUUAUCCCAUGUUUCAGGAUGUACACGUGAUGAUCUUCAUUGGGUUUGGUUUCUUGAUGACCUUCCUAAAGAGAUAUGGCUUCAGCAGUGUGGGCGUCAACCUGUUGCUGGCUGCCUUUGGCUUGCAGUGGGGUCUUCUCCUCCAGAACAUCUGGCACUUGCAUGAUGGAAAAAUAAGAGUCAGCAUUGAUAGAAUGAUCAAUGCUGACUUCAGUACAGCAACAGUUCUGAUCUCGUUUGGAGCGGUUUUGGGGAAAACCAGCCCUGUCCAGCUUCUCAUCAUGACCUUGUUGGAGAUCACCAUAUUCUGCAUCAAUGAGCAUGUGGUUGUGGAAAUUCUUGGGGUUUCUGAUGUUGGUGCGUCCAUGACCAUCCAUGCUUUUGGGGCUUACUUUGGAUUGUCUGUCGCUCGUGUUCUUUACCGUCCGGGUCUUCGGAAUGGCCAUGAGAAUGACGGAUCAGUCUAUCACUCAGACUUGUUUGCAAUGAUCGGCACAGUCUUCCUGUGGAUGUUCUGGCCCAGCUUUAAUUCUGCUAUCGCAUAUCCUGGUGAUCCUCAACUGAGAGCUGUUAUCAACACAUAUUUCUCUCUGGCUGCUUGUACUCUCGCUGCCUACGCUACCUCCAGUCUGGUGGAGAAGAAAGGGAAACUUGACAUGGUUCACAUUCAGAACGCCACGCUGGCUGGAGGUGUUGCGGUGGGUACCUGCGCCGACAUGGACAUCCAGCCAUUCGGAGCAAUGCUGAUCGGAACCAUUGCAGGCAUCAUCUCCACCGUUGGCUUUAAGUUCCUCACGCCCAAACUCGCCUCUAAACUGGGAAUUCAAGACACCUGUGGUGUGCAUAACCUCCACGGCAUGCCGGGCAUCCUAGGCGGUCUUGCCGGCAUUGUGGCGGCAGCACUGAAUAAGAAAGAAGGUGUUUCAGCAGCUCAUCAGGCAGGGGGUUUGGCAUCAUCUCUAGGGUUUGCUUUGGUCGGGGGGUUGAUCACAGGUCUGAUUAUGAAGAUUCCAUUUUUGGGACAGCCACCUGACCAAAACUGCUUUGAUGACUCAAUCUUCUGGGAGGUACCGGAGGAAGAGGAAGAAACCGAAGAGCGUUUGACCCAUGGCGAUUAUUCCCCGAACAAAGCAGAGGCUUAAAGCUCUGCUUCAAACCAGCUUCACAAAACAAGAGCCAAUAAGGUCCAAAAAGCACCUCAGGAGCUUUUCAACCAGCAUCUACACCACUAAAAUCUUUAACAGCUGUUAAGGAUUUUAGCUUUAGCUUUUAGCUGUUAAAGACACUAGUGAACAUGAAGCAUGGAUUCUUUUGUAAGUGGUGCUUUUCUAAAAACAUGUAACUCAAUUUUUAGUGGUCUCUAAAAUCUUCUAAGGGUAGGCAUUAUACACUGUGGCAAAUGUGUUGUUUCAACUUAAAAAUGUAAGUUUACUCAACUCAAACAUCCAAGUAGUCACUUAGUGCAACUUUAUUUCAAGUUGAUUAAACUUAGAAUUUUAAGGCAGCACGAACACUUACUUUUUUAAGUUGAAACAACAAUUUAUUUUUCACAGUGUAUAGCCUAAUGAAAUGUAAGAUUAGUUAAAGUGUAUUACCAGAAGGUUACUGAGUUAACUCAAAGUGCGGGUCAGUUAUUGUUGUCAUCUGCUGAACUGCACUUAACAGACACUGACUGACUAGUUGCUCACUGUAACAUGCCAAAUAUCUGAGCCAAAGUGAGACUUUUUCUUAAGUGCCUUUUAUCAAAAAUAAUUUUGCUUUGAAUUUUGCUUUUUCAUUUUCUACACACCCAUUUUUAAUCAUCACUAGAUAUGAAUUUGACCAAUAAUUUCAAAUUAUUAUUUUUUUACAAUCAUGCCAAUUAGUCCACAUCCAAAGAGAGAUCCUUCAACUUUCUUUCUACAAUUAUAGUUGCUUAUUAAUGUGAUCAGUAAUAACCCUUUAUGCAAUGAUAUAAGAAGUAUUUAAAACUAUUGUAUCCUGAAAAACUAACAAAUAUAGCGUUGACUUUUAUAUUUUCUACACAAUUUCUAAUCAUAUAAUAUGAACUCAGGCAAACAGUGGCCCCAAAAAGUAUUUCAAGUCCCAUUUAAACAUAAAAAUAUAAAUAAAUAAUUAAAAUAUCAAAUAAAGUGACAUGUAUUUAAAACAAAGAUAACCACGCACACUUUUCCAGGUUGUUAGAUUGAAAAAUAUGAAACAACAAGAUAUACACUGAUAAAAAGACUACAUUUUAAUUUUUAAUUUGUCUAAAAAUAUACAUUUUGGACACUUUCUAGUUGUUAAGAAACUGCCCAAAGGACUAAAGGACACUGGGACCAACUGAUUAAAUGUAAUGGCAUUUAGCCAUUUGUCUUCAGUGUGAUGUAGUGUUCAAAUACAUUUUGGGGCCACUGUAUCUUUAAAACUUUUUUGUCAGGAUUAUUGUAAAACUAUGAUGUCAUACAACAGCAUUACAUAAAAGCUCUUUUACUACAUUGCUUGAACUUUCAGCUCAUAGUACAAAUAAGUUGACGUGAUCGGAAAGUCACAGCUUGCACUUGGUAAGACUUCCAAAUGCCGUGUUGUUUUAAGAUAAAGAGGCUAUGGAAAAACUCCUUGCAAGCUGACUUACUGAUUUAUUUUUUUUGUCUUUGAAUGUAUGUGUUCCCACAUGCCUCACUCCCAAACCUCAUCUAUUCUUUGUAUUUGAAAACUCUGUGAAUGUAUUAAACUUUUACUGUCAUUUAUAAAAUCAGCA